AUGUGGAUGUGGUCGCGGUCCAAGAAAAUAAUGGCCUUAAUUAAUGAAAAUGGAGCUGAAAAAGAGAAUAUUAAUAAAGAAAACAUACAACCUGACUCUGAUGAUUCAGUUAAAGACCCAAAUUAUAGCAUUAUACCACAACAUAAAGUACAAAUUGAUAGUAGUUCUGAUGAAGAAGAAUACUGUCCGACAGAAGAGCCAACGAAUACAGUUCUAAAAAGGACAUCAGAAUCUGCCUCGGUAAUUUCAUCUCUAUCCAUUAUAUCAGACAAUAACGUAAUACUAGAUGCGCCUACAUCUACAACUUUGGAAGUCAUAGCUCCCUCUACAAUGGAAGUAAUACCAAGUUCAACAAACAUAACGACAGAAUCAGCACCUACAAGUACUCUAACUCCAACAAAAAGAGGAAGAAAAAGACAGAGAAAUGAAGAAGGCUGGAAAAGAAACAUCGCUAAAAGAUUACGAAAUAAUGGAAAAUAA